AUGAUAGCCGAUUCCCAGGGUGAUGACAACUUGGGCACCAAGGUGAUGGUUGAGGUAAAUAACUCACUGCCUGGCGAUGCAAGUUUCAACAUUCACUGCAAGUCGAAAGAUGACGAUCUUGGAAUCCACAUUAUCGGUGUCUACCAAAACUACAAAUUUAAGUUUAAGGUGAAUUUCUGGGCCACCACUCUUUUCUUCUGUGGCAUUCGCUGGCAGGGCGGAGGCGUUACUUUUGACAUCUACUAUGCAAAACGAGAUCUCAACCGGUGCCCACACCACUGCUUAUGGCUUGUGAGGGAAGUUGGUGUAAUGGGUUUUCAGCAGGAUAAGCCGACUCCGGACAUCAUUAUUCCUUGGGAUAAUUAA